AUGUUUCGAAACGGCGGCGAAAACGACGACGAUUCAGACGACGACGCGCUUUCAAGAAGAAAACCAUUCUUCGUCGCACCUUCGAUUCCAAUUCCACUUUCCAAACGGAGCGCAUUUUGCGUUCGCAUUCCCAAAAAGACGUGUUCGCUGGCGGUGAAGCAAGCAUCGAGCUACGAACGCGAAAUUUUGGCGAGGAGGAGGAGGAUGAUUGGAGGAGAGACAGGAGGGGGUGCGCGUGAAAACGAGGACGAUGAUGAUGAUGAUGAUGAUUUUGGUGUGCCACCGAAACACGUUCGGAGAGUAAAAUCGAACCCGGACGACUCGGAGAGCGUUUUCUUAUUCGUGAGCGUCUCCGGAGAAGAAGAGAAGAGAUACGCGAGAAAAGUUUUAGAGGUGACGAACACGACGAAGGAAGAUUUACUGCCGUGUGUCGUUUCAAACCGACAAGUGCUCUCGAGGAAAGAGUUGGAAUGCGCGAACGAGUGGUGGCCGUCGGUUUUGUUAGCCACGACGAAAGGCGAAGUGAACUCGAAGGAGGCGAAGAUGGACGACGAGGAGAGGACGACGGCGACGGAGAGGGCGAGAUCGUUGGUGUUAAAAGUAAAAGAAGGCGAGAGAUUUUGCGAGAUUGUGAAUCCAAAGACCGGCGAGGUGGUCGCUUGUGCGAAGAAUGGGGAACGAGACGACGAAAGAGGCGGGGCGAGGCGGUGUCUUCCUAUGCAACACUGCGCGAUGAUUGCAAUCGAGAAAGUCGCGAGACUGGAUUUACAACUGUAUCCAGAUGCGCACGAUAACAACAACGGCAAGAAUGAUUUCGGAGAGAAUGAAGAUUUGACCUCUCCAGAGGCUAAAAAACGUCGGAAAUCUGUGGCGGCAAAAGUGAUGGCUGAAUCCAUCGGCAUCCCGGACAAGCCAUAUUUAUGCACAGGGUACGACAUCUACAUGACGCACGAACCGUGUUUGAUGUGUGCCAUGGCGCUGACGCACUCGCGCAUAAAACGUAUAUUCUAUAUAGAGAAAGAUAGGAAUGAUAAAGGUGCCUUGAGUAGCCAAACCAGGAAGCGUUUACACGGCGUUCGAACGCUGAACCACCAUUUUAGCGUGUGGUCGUUCGACGAAGACGACGGACCGAAAAUCGAUGAAUAG